AUGACUGCCACCAGCAAAAACGUUGUCUUCGAUGUAGUCGGCACCCUCGUCAGCUACGAGCAUCUCUACGAAGCCAUCAAAGCUCGCAUAGGAGAUAAACUCAUUCAACGUGGUAUUCAACCAACGCUCCUCGGAAUAUGCUGGUUAGAAAUGGCAGAGCGCGAGUACACAUACUUAUCUCUCCACGGCCAUUACGUGCAGUUCCUCAAGCUCUUUGAAGCUCUAUUCUACCGCUGUCUUCAUUACGCUGGCGUUGAAAUUCCACGCUCUUUUGCAACGGCGGAAGAUGUUGCGUACUUGAUGAGUGAAUUUGAGGGGUUGAAACUUAGGGACGGAGCUGAAGAGUGUAUCCAAAAGCUUCGCGACGCGGGCUUUACUGUUUGGUGCUUCACGACUGGUGAUAUCUCUCGUGUAGGAGGGUAUUUCGCGAAGGCUGGAGUUGACAUGCCGGCUGAGAACCUACUGUCGUGUGAUACGGAUGGCGUGGCGAAGCCGUGUCCUGAGGCAUAUGGACCUAUUUUGAAGAAGCUUUCUACUUCCGAAUCGAGACCUUGGUUCGCGGCUGCACAUCUGUGGGAUGCCUCAGGGACACAGUCUGCUGGGUUCAAGACUGCCUACAGUAUGGUAUUGGAAGGUGAAUAUGUGUAUGAGAUAUAUGGAGAGCUGGAUGUGGUUGCUGAAACGCUACCUGCAAUGGCGGACGGGAUUAUCGCGGCCAUUAAGUGA